AUGGCGACCCACACCAUCGGGACCGUGGAUCACUACCUGCUGGUGCUCGGCACACUGCUUGACCUUUUCCAAAUGGACACUGACCCUUUCCCCAAUCUUGCCUCGCCCUCCUUCCCUCGACAACAACCCGUACUGGCUUCAAGAGCAACAACGACGCGGCGGACAGCCAUUCACAUUCCUUUUCCUCCGAACACCUCCGCAUCUGUCCUUAUCUUUCUACGCCUGCACGACGGGGAGCUUGAUUGGUGGCUGUGCUACUUCGUGGACAUCCGGUUUUGGCAAGUGAUUCAGAUGACAACGCUUCCGGCCCUGAGAAUGCCGAGCAUCCUCAUCAAUCAGCAGUCUGUGACGUCACAACAGCGCUUCACCACGUCGCAGAACCGGUUCUACCUGGACACCCUUCAUGGACUUCGUCAACCCAAUCCGUCCUUUCAGCGGCUGGAUUACUACGACCCUUCCAUCCGCGAGUACCAGUACAGCCUUUUCAUGACGGACGAAAGCACAAAGAUGAACAAGAUCCGGGUCAGCUGGACGGACGGCAGCCCCGAUGUGGCUGGCUGCCCUGCCGACUGUAGCAGCGGCACCAGCUCCUGUGUCUGCCCGGUCUCUGUGGAGUUUCAGGCGGUCUUCGACCGUAUUCCGAGCACCCAAGAGCUGGUGCAGCUGAAAGUCGGGGCUUUCGCUCCUUCCAGCGCCUGUGCAAGCUGUGGUGACGUGAAAGCAUAUCAUGCAGGGGUCAUAGACAAGGAGACGAUCUUCGAAUAUCAAGGCAGAUACUACAAGAACGUCGUGAGCCUCGUGCAUGUGGCGGGCAAGAGCUUCCGAAACCCCCCACUGUUCGGAUUCACUGAGACCCCGAGCUCACGGUCGGCAAUGUGGGAGGUCGAAAGCCUGCUUGAGCACUUGGUGACUCACCCAAACACCGCUCCCUUCGUGUCAGUGCGCCUUAUCCAGCGCCUUGUGAGCUCGAAUCCAAGCAGCGAGUACAUCCGAGACGUGAGCGAAGCCUUUCGGACGGGCCGCUAUGGAGACCAGGUCUUUUCGGGCCGACACGGGGAUUUGGCAGCAGCCGUGGCAGCGGUGCUCCUCCAUCCCGAGGCCAGCUCCUCCAGUCAGAGCCGAGGGACCUUGCGGGAGCCCCUGGUGAAGCUGGUGCACUUCCUGCGGGCCACAGAGUUCGUGGAUGCCGACAGACGUGAGCUGAUCUUCAAGGAGCUGCAGGAUCUCAUCGGUCAGGCACCGUUCAUGUCGCCCUCGGUCUUCAACUUCUACCGCCCGGAUUUUCAGCCGAGUGGCCUACCUGACGGGCUUGUGGCGCCCGAGGCGCAGAUAUUUGAGGGAGCCAAUGUGGUGAACUUCAUGAAUGGCAUGCUCUCCAUGAUCAAGCACGGCGGUCUGAGCGACUGUGACGGGGGUCUGGGUCUUGCGACGGAGACCUGCGGCCAAGGCCAGAGCUUCACCAAAGCUUGGGGCUCUCAAAGUGAGGCCUUAGAGGAGCUGAAUCUGCUGCUGACUGGGGGCCGUCUUACGAACAAGUCUCAGCAGAUCGCCCAAGCAGCUUACGAGAAGGAAGGAAUCCAGGCCGCGCAGGAGGCCAUCGUCUUGGCACCGGAAUUCAAUGCUUUGGGCGACCCGAGGCCAGAGGGAUCCCAGCGAGACGAUGCUACCGAGGGUGCCCCAACCACAACACGGGCUCCGGCAUCCUACAAGGCCUUGAUCAACUUGUACCUCGGUGGAGGGGCAGACACCUUCAAUCUCGUAGUGCCUAUCGACUGCGAUCUUCAUGCAGAGUACCAGGCUGUCAGAAAGACAGCCGCUAUGCCAAGCGCAAACUUAUUGGAGGUCAGCACCGUGGGACAAAGCUGCAGCAAGUUCGGCGUUCACCGGAAACUUCCCGUGCUGCAUUCUUUGUACCAGGAAGGGCGUGCUGCCUUCGUGAGCAACAUCGGUUCGCUGGUCGAGCCGAUGGACAAGAACGACUACUUCAAGGGCUCGAAGACCACCUGCGCCGGGCUCUUCUCUCACUCGGACCAAUCGGAGGCAGCUCAGACGCUGAAGUGCCAGGUUCGAGGCAGUGGCCCCAAGGGCGUCGGCGGCCGCAUGGCCGACUCCCUGAGUCAGACGCAGAACCUCCGCACCAUGAGCUUCUCCUUGAACGGCCGCCAGACAUGGGCCCAGGGGAGCUACACCAGCCAAGUUGGGGUGCCCGUCACUGGGGAAGUGCCCACGCUCCUGAACUAUACGGGAAAGCGACAACUCCUGGACGACCUCACGCGGCAGAAGCUCGGGAACGUCUACUGCGAAGAGUAUGCCAAGAGCGCAGGGGCUCUCGUCGACUCUAACCAGGCGCUUUUCGAGCAGCUUGCAAACGUCAGUCUGAUGACCUCGUCGUGGGAUGCCAUCCCAAGUGGCAGCGAGGGGAAGCUCAUGAAGACCAUGCAAGCCGUAGCCAAGCUCAUCGUCACACGAACCGAGCGCCAGGUGGAACGGGACUUCUUCUACGUGGAGUUGGGAGGCUUCGACACCCACAACGAAAUCCAUGAGGUUAUGGACGAGAAUUUCGACUACGUUAAUAUUGCCUUGGAGGCCUUUGUAGCGGAGCUCAAGGCCCAAGGCAUCUUUGACGCCGUGACCAUGGUUUCUUCGUCUGACUUCGGGCGUACUCUGACCUCCAACGGCAAGGGAACCGACCACGGAUGGGCUGGAAACCACUUCGUCCUGGGAGGUGCCGUGCGUGGCGGCAAAGUUUUGAAUGACUAUCCUGAGAGCCUCUUAGAGGGCAACAACCAGGACGUCGGUCGAGGCCGCCUGAUUCCGAAGUACCCGUGGGAGAGUUUGCUCUUUCCGGUUUCGGAGUGGAUGGGCGUGAGCCCUUCAGACCACCCCACUAUCUUUCCAAAUCUCCCGAAUUUCAACUCCUCGUACAUCUUAGCAACCAGCACGCUUUUCGACUGA